CUGCCGUCGCCAACAUUUAUAAAAAGUCAUGCCUUUUCAAUCAGUUAUUAUAACUUUGUCAGUGUAUCGUCAACUACACGAUAAUAAACAACAAAAUGAGAAAUCUUGCAUUAGUUCUUUUGGUCGCUUUUUUCUUCAGCUUUGACAACGGAAACGUCAUGGCUCAGUCAGAAUUGUUUCGGUUGACAAUUCCUGAGAUUCCGACGAUCGAAAUACCAAAAUUUAUCCCUAUCGAAAUUCCACAAUUAAAUCCAGAAGCUAUGAAAGAGGAGAUCCAGAAUUACAUGCCCAAAAAUGGAAGCAAUUAUAGGGGUAUCUAUGUCGAUACCUACUCAAAUGGACAGAACACAACCACUACAGUCAUAGAGAACAGUAACGGAAACGUCACUGUAUUCAGUAUUCCAAAUUGAUUGAAAUGUUAAAUACAGUCAACAGCACAUCGAUGUCGCGGUUAUAACAAGUUUGCAAUGAAUUUGGGCAGCUUAAUGUGCUGUUGACUGUGUAUUUUUAAGCACAAUUACUAUUAAGGGUGGCUUUAACUUGCCCAGAAAAAUGCAAAUUACGCCAUUUUGUCUAAACGUCAGCGGCGCGGCGCGGUAUCUAAACUCAACUAUAAAAAAUAAAUCUAAUGAGUGAUU